CUCGUACACUGCCACCACUAAAACUAGCAAGCAGAUAACCAAGACUAUUACCGAGAUAUAUAAUGCCCAAACACCCGCUCUCCAGCUACAUCCCGGAAUACUCCGCCAAGAACAACUUCAUCUUGUUUCUAGUGUUGAUGGCCACCGUCUCAGUGCUCUUGUUCCACACGAGGCGACUCUGGUUGCCCCGGGUGAGAAGCUUGGUCUCCAGAGAAGACCCCUACAUCUCCUUGGGCGCUCAGCUGUCGUUCACAAACGACAUAGAGAACGGGCUUUCAUCAGCGUCAUUUGACGUGGGCUUGCACAACCUUGAUGACCCGAGACAGGGAUUGGAUGAGGAAUCCAAACUGCAGAUCUUGGGUAUCAUGAAGCAGAAGGGCGUGCCAUUUGACAAAGCCCGUCUUCUCCACAUCCAGAAGAAAAUGAGGGACAAUGGCAUAGGCGAAGACGGUAUGCCGUUGGAUGCUCGCGCCGUGAGAUUUGUCUAACCGAUUCAAAGAUACUCCAGGGUAUACCGACCGCAGAGCCUGGUGCAGACCCAAGUAUGACAAGUAUCACGAGGGGAAUGAGCAUCUCCGAGAACCCUGACGGGUAACAACUUGAAAUUAUGUAACAGUGCUAUAUCCAGGGGUGGGCUGGACCAACCCCACGUAAAUAUUAUACCCUAUAACG